AUGGUGGUAGUGCAGGUGUUAAAUGACCAAGUAACGAAGCUGGAUGGCGUGCUGGCGGGAGAAAGUACACUGGCUGAUGUUGAUAAAUGUUUGCGACAGUCUUGGCGGAGAACAGCCGAGGUUUCCUGCAUCAACAGGGCUUGGACCUACCAGGCAGUUGCUUUGCAGUCUCCGCCGCAGCCAGGCCCGCUCUGGCCUCUUCGCAGCGCCCUCCUCGCAGCGCCUCGGACCCAGGACCACCCCAGGACCCCGCCUCCUCCCCAGCGCUGUGCAGCCGCAGCUCCUCAGCCUCCCACCACUUCGUCCACUGCGCCCACCCUGCAGGUGCACCAGAACGACCACCAUCAACCGCCAGGUCAACCCCGUGCUGUUGGCGCCUCCUACGUCUACCUGCCCAUGUCUUACUACUUUGGCCACAAUGAUGUGGCUCUGAAGAACUUGGCCAUAUAUUUUCUUCCCCAAGCUCAGGAGGAGAGGGAACAUUCCCAGAAGCUAAUGAAGCUGCAGAACCAGCCAGGCGGAUGGAUCUUCCUUCAGGAUAUCGGGAAACCAGACGUGGGCUGGGAGAAGGGGCUGAAGGCAAUGGAGUGUGCGCUGCACUUGGGAAAAGGUGUGAGUCAGUCACCACUGGACCUGCACAAAUGGGCCACCCAAAAUGACCCUCGUUUGUAUGACUUCCUAGAGACUCACUACCUGAACAAGCAGGUGAAAUCCAUCAAAGAACUGGGUGACCAUAUAACCAACUUGUGCAGGUUGGGGGCCCCUGAGACUGGCAUGGCCGAGUAUCUCUUUGAGGAGCACACCCCGGGGAGCUGUGACUCCCGGGGAGCUGUGACGAGAGCUAAGCCUUGGCUGCUUCCUGUAGCCUCAGGGGUGACUUCCUGCUCACCCAAGCAGUAUGCAUGUUGGAGUUACCUUUACCUUUUCUAUAACUUGUAUCAAAUCAUCCCUCAUGUCUCUCAUUUGUACCCUUCCUUGAAAAAAAGGAAUUUGGUACCAAAAUAAAUAAAUAAAUAAA